AUGUUUAUUAGUGUAGCUGUUCUAUAUAAAGAUUUGAAAUAUGAUGAACUAAGUAUUGACUACAAACCUUUUAAAAAUUAUCUUGUAUAUUCUAGUUUAGAAAUGAAGACUAAGAAGUAUAAAACAAAAAGAAUUAAAGGGACUUAUAAAGGGACUAGUGGAGUGAAGACUCACAAACUCAAGCGUAUACCAAAUGAAAAGAAAAAGCACUAUCCUAAAAGAUUACUAAAGUUUAUAUAUAAUAAGGUACUUAGAAAGAAUAAGAGUCAUAAUGGAGCUAGUAAAAAAAAUAAAGUUAGUAGAGAUGUUGAUGUUUUAGUCCAAAAAGCCCCAGAUUCAUGUGAAAGUGAAGUUAAUGAAUUAAAUAAAAUUUUGCAAGAUAGUUGUGGAACUCCAGAUAUAUCUUCAGAAUUAACUAAAAUUGAGAAAUCAAUUUCUGAAGAAGAAUGUACACCAGAAUUAUUAAAUUAUUUAAGAGACUUCAUUGUAUUAUUAUUUAGUAGAAGAACAGUACUAGAAAAUAUUGUAGAUGAAAAUCAGCAUACUUGUCAACAUAAUCAUAGCAAUAAUUAUUUAUGUGACUUAUGCAGCACUAAACAAAAACUAUUAAAAGAUUUACAUGAGAGAAGGAAUAAUAUAUCCAGAGAUAUGGAAACUAUACUCAAAAUUAUAAAGGAAUGCAUUCAUAUUAUAAAUAAAUAUGAUAUGAUACACUACCAGUAUAAGAAACAUAAUGGUAUUAAUGAGGAGAAAUGUUCCAAAGAUGAUUUCAUGAGACUUGUUAGGGAAUAUGAAGAAUUAAUUGUUCAGGAACAUAUUAACAGAUGUUUUCAUGAUUAUAAUAAACAGAGUCUUGAUAAAUGUACAAAGUGUAAAUCUGAAAUGUUGGUUAGUAAUAUAUGCAGAAUAUGCACCUCCAUUAAUAAUUCAAAAAAUAAUCUUUACAAAGUGAUAAAUAUUAUUGAAAUUGAAAUUCAAGGAAAAUUAACACAAAUAUUUCAAUGUGAAAAUUAUCUGUUUAAUUUAGUAAAUAGAAAUAUAUUAAGGACAGCUUCAGAAAGGCGUAAUUGGCUGAAGGAGAUAUAUAAAAGGCAGCUACAAGAAAUUAAAGCAAAUAAUAAAACAAGUAAUGAAGAGGCAAAUAAUGAAGUUUCAUUAGGAAGUCAAAAUAUAUCAGUAAUAGGACAAUUGACAAAUUUUGGUAUAAAUGCUAGGAAAUUUUUUUCUGAUAUUUCUUCAACAUUCAAAGAAAAGGAAGAAGCUGAAAAAAUUGUACUUGAAAAUCAGCUUAAAGUAAAAUUAGAAUCAAUAAGAAAUAAGGCGGAGAUUGAAGAGCAAAAACAUAUAAAAAUAAAUUCAGAAUUGAAACAGGGAGUUUGUACUGAAGAUAGUCUAAAAACUUUUUUAGAAAAAAAAGAUAAAUAUUUGAAGUGUUUUAAUAGCUCUUUAACUUCAUUUAUGCGUUGUAAUAUUAAUUGCAAUGACAAAAAUUGUUAUCUUUGUGAACAAGAAACUAUUUCGAAAAGAAAGCGUUGUUUUUAUAAACUUCAAGAAAUUAAAGAAAAAUUAAUAUUAUGUCUCAAGAUUAAGGGAUGGACUCUAGAAGAUAUUGAAAAAGAGUUGAAAGAUAUAUUAGAUAUAGAAUAA